GGCCCCCAGGCCCCCUCCUCCCCUUGCCUAAUAGUAGUUACGCCCCUGGCGAUAUAUCAAUUAGAUUAAACUAAAGAAAGUCCAUGAAUGUUGCAGGGAGGGGGAGGGUUCUGUUACCUGGGAGACCCCAGUUACCACAAACCAGACAGACAAGGAUGGUUGAAGGAAGCAAUAGUCACCAUUUAUGGAACCCAAACCAGCGCUGGUGGCUUUUUCCGGUGCCUCGCGGCCUACCAGGAAAAACGCGCCAAAUACCCAGUGCCUUGGGGUUUUAUACCUUGGCAUUGUUACACAGCUGGGCGUCCCCCAUUCAGCCCGAGGGACCAAUUGAUUCAUGACAUUUACACAUGUGUUUGCCUUGAGGCGGGACUUUGCCCUAAGUUUCGGUUCUUCAGCAGACAGACAAGCAGCUUAAGAGAAGACACAUCCACAUUCCAAGAAACAGAACAGUUACAGUUGGGAAUAAGCCGAUCAUUCGACCCCUAUGCUAAUGAAGUUUGCAACACCCGGACCCUCUUCCCCCACCCUGUCUGUCCUUGGCAGAUAAGAGACUCCACAGUUUCAGCAGUAGAGAACAAGGAGGAAUUUUCCAUCUCACAUCUCCCCCCUCAAGAGCCCAUUUCAGGGCUCUUCCUUUACAGGCAGACUGGAGUACAUUGCCAUUAUGUGUGGGGCAGCUUCUUUCCUGACUAUAGCAGAGACAGCAGAUUCUAUUAUUCUAGUUAAACAAGGGAUCACACAGGGUAACAUAAGCAAGAUAAUCACAAUGACAAUGAAGACAAUAAACCAUGAUUUUAACCAGGCAAGGUCGGGCAGCCAACUUGUGAGCCACUGCCACAUCCCCCAUUCGGAGGCGGGCUGACCGAUGCUAUGAAAGACUUGGAUGGACUCUUUCAACUUUGCCGCCUCUUGAUCAAUUUUGCCUUGGAGAAGUGGCGCCGAAGGGUUGCUCUCCCACGACGUGAGAAAGGGACCCCCCAAGCAACCACCGAUGAGCAGACAGAUAAGCAAAUUAAGAGAAGACACAUCCACAUUCCAAGAAACAGAACAGUUACAGUUGGGAAUAAGCCGAUCAUUCGACGCCUAUGCUAAUGAGUGACUUCCAGCCACAGGAGAUUAACGAACAGCGCUCCGUGACCGAAACCAGCAAAUGGUCACUGAAGUCAAUCUCGGACGGCUCCAGGAUCCAGCAUGUCAACAGUGGGAACGGGAUCCUGGAUGAAGCGGUUGCCAGCAGUUCCCAGAGGAGUGUCUUCACGGUUGAGGACGAUGGGUGGUUCCUGCAGACCAUUGCCACCACAUGGUCUUGUGAGGGUGCCGACAUCGAAGAGGCCGAGAUCCCAGAGGUCAACCCAAGGGAUCAGGAGCUGGACGUGGAGAGUUUCAUCAGUUCCCAGAGCGUCCAGAGGCCAAGCACCGUGCAGAGGAGGCUGCACAACACUGCUGCUGACGAAGAACCAUCCCUUGGAGAGAGUUCUUCCUUCCCGGGGGCCGAGACUCCGCAAGCCAGCGUGGAGGACGAGGGGUCGGAAGGGGACGGUGACACCAGUUCCCCCAGAGUCCCAAAGCCAAAGAAGUGGCUAAUCAAGAGGCUGCUGAACACUGAAGUGGUGGAAGACUCGUCCUCGGCAGAGUGCUCCUCUACGGACGAGGAUGACACCAUGUAUGAGGUGAGCAGCAUCGAGGACGAGGUGUGGGACUCUCCACCGGCCCCCGGUUCAGCCAGGAACAUCGGCGGCGGUGAAGAAGGAAGAGGACAGCUGGCCCCAGACUGGUUCUCCUCGGUCCAUCUGGGAGAGGGGAGAGCAACAAAGAAGAUCGGGGACGUCAUCCGGUGCAUGGAGUAUGCCAGUGAGGUGGAGGAGAGGUUCCCCGAACUCCUGGUGGGCCUGGUGAACAAGAUCCUCACCGGCCUGCAGAACACCACCGAGGGAGUGGGGAACCGGGAGAGCCAAGACCUGCCUCCUGCGGAGACCUCGCAGAUUGUCCGGACCCUGCUGGAGAGGGUGGCACAGGUGACCCCAGAGAAGACCUGCUGGGAAUCCCUGUGCUCUCCGCAGAGCUGCCUCCGGGGUGUGGCCCUCUUGGUGAGGGCUCUCCUACAGACACCAUCCUCCACAGUGGCCAGGCUGAAGGCAUACCUGGCUUCCCUCUUCAGCCUGGACAAAGAUCCAGAACAGCAUUCCCUCGCAGAGGUGGCCUUCUUUGUGGAGCUGCUCCUGAAAGACAAAGACUUCGCCGCCUUGGAGAAGACUUGGACGCUCCUGGUAGCGUGGCUAGUCCACCCCAGCCAGAACAUCCGCUACCUGAGCGAAAGGGGACUUCUCCAAAUGUAUGGAAAGCUGAAGGCGGCAAAGAAACCCCAGGAUUUUAGUGCCGGGAUCCUGGGAGGGCUCAGGACCUCCAGUCUGGAAGCCACUUUGGGGGUCCUGGCCUUCAUGGAGCGGCUGAGGCACUGCCCAUCGGAACAUCAGGCCACCGUGAAUGCUGCCCUGGCUGCCCUGUGCCGCCCUCUCUUCCACCACGAGGAGGCUAAGAUCCGAAGGGCAGCCAUGAAGACCCAUCUGGAUCUCCUGCAGCACCGCCACCACCAUCAUGAGGGUACAGAAGAGAACAUCACGACCCUCAUCGCGGUGCUGAUGCACGUGGAGGAUGAGGACCUGGAGGUAGCACAGGCUGCAAAGGACAAUCUGAGCCUCCUGGCAGAAGCCCUCCUAUGGCACCUGGAGGGCAGGCUGCUGGCGCGGGACUCUUACAGCCUGCAGGAGCUGCUGCACAAGAUCGCCAAGCGUCUGAUUCGGCAGCUCGGCACAGAGGACGCCGUGGAGAUGGAGGCCACCAAGAUCCUGGGCUUCUUCCGCAGCGAGCAGCCUUCAGUGAGGAGAACAGCUGCCCUGCUGAUCGGUCACCUGGUCCACAAAAAGGGCAGCAUCCUCACUGAAGGGAACAUAGAGACCUUCCAUGCUGCGCUGGAGAGCUUGCUUGGCGACCAUGACCCCGAGGUCGGGAGAGUUGCCUGCAAGACGGAGAAGAUCGUGAAGAAGGCCUUUUCCCUCCACUCCCGGCAUGGGUUGCGGGCUGCCGUUCGGCGCUUGUGGGCAGGCUGUAAGAAGAAGAGACACCCGCCAGAGUACGGUGAUCUCUCCACCUGACCGACUGGAACAACAGCCCCGUGCUCUCCCCUGGAAGAUCAGCAGCUGAAGGGAGACUGAAGAAAGACCAUGCAGCGCAGUGGAUGCGGACCAGCCAGAAGACCUCCUCCAACCCCGUGGAUAGAAAGAGCUGUCCACAAGACGGCAGCAGGGAAGUGCAGUUCUGUCUGAGGAGUGAGGGGGAAGCAGGCUCCACUCCCCUGGCCCAAGGAAGCCCCGCCUCUGGGGUGCAGAAGCCCCUCCCCUUGCCUCUGCUGCAGGCUGUGGGAGGAGGCUACAGGACCACCCUGCCCCCAAGUGGCCCUUGGGAACCAUUCUUGGGCUCUCCUUGGGUCCGGGGAGGCUGUGUGGCCCCAGCAGGAGGGCAAGGUCACCGCCUCCCUCCAUUUCCACCAGCUGGCCGGGGAGCGCCCCCUCCUCCUUCCACCUUUCUCCCCUUCCCCAGCGGCCUGGCUUCCCCUGGCAGGGGAAGCACCAUCCAGGCAUCCGCCCCCUCCCCUGCCGAGGGUGUGCUCCUCCCCCCUCCCCUCCCGCAGCCACGCCUCCCUCCCCCCUCCGCUCCCUCCUCCCCCCUCCCAAACCGGGGCAGCAGCAGAGGAGCCCGGGAGACUCUGGGGGCCCCCUGCAGCCCCAGUCGCGCCCCCUGGUGCUGCCCGGUGGCAGGCCAGAGAACCCUCCUCUCCCUCCCGCUCCCUGCUGUGUAGCACCUGAUGAGGCGUCCAGCGGCAGGCCUCCCCUCCCAGGCCUCCCCAAGUCUGGGGCGCAUCCCCUCCCCUCCCCUCCCCUCCCUGUUAUACCAAAGGGGCUCCUCCUUCUCCACCCCAGAGGGGAGGGGGCAAGGGAGGCAUCAGCCACCAGGUCUGCCGAGGAGGCCGAGGGAGGGUGCUUGGGCCAGGCUGGACAAUGCCUCGACCUCCCGCUUCCUCACUCACCCCUGCUCCCUUCCAUCUGCUCUGGGCAAGCGAGGAGCCCCUCUUGCUCCAGCAGGCAGGGGGGAGUGAGCAGAAGAUCCUCUUUGGAGCGGGGCGGGAGGUGUGGCCAUGACACCGUCCCUUGCUGCACAGUGGGGAGCUGAGGUCAAGCAGAAUUCUCUGGCUUGCCCCCCCAUCAACCCCCACCCCACUGCCCGAUCCCCGCUUGCUGGGCUGCCGGAGCGGAAAGGGAGGAGGAGCAGGGCAACCCCACUGAUGCUGCUUUGUGCUUCUUGCAGGCAUGUGCUGCUGCUGGGCGGCUGGAGGAGUCAGUCGAUCCGCCCCAGAAGAGGAGACCAAGUGAACGUGCCUGCAAGGAGCGGGGUGGGGGUGGGGUGGGGGACUGGCUGGGACUCCCCCCAAUUUUGUUUGCCCUCCCAUUGCCUUGGUGACCCUGGGCUUCCUUCCUUCCCUCCCUCCCCCUCCCUCCCAGGGGCAGAAUGGGCUUUGCUGGUCGCCCUGUUGGGGGCCGAGUAGGAAUUUUUGGCUUUCCAACAGAUUGGCCGAGAUGGGAAGUUUUUUUGCCUACUCCAUUCUGCCCUGUUUUGUUUCCUUUAGUUAGAAAGUUAAGUGACGACUUGUGGCCUAAUUGAGUAUCUUAAUAAAGUUGCCACUUUUGUUAGCA